AGUCGUCUGGGCUCCGGCGCGCUCGGCUUGCUCUGCUUCUCGGCGGCCCCGGGCUGCCGUGCCAUUCGCCUGUUACCGCAUCAUAUCCCAUACCAGGCCCCGUCCCAUACACGCGGGCCAUGACUGCCUACGCGGUCCUCCUGUCGGCCUUCCUUCGGUCGGGGGCGGAGCUCCUGCCCGGCCCCGACUCCUGCCUCAUCCAGAUCACCGCAGUGGCCGAGAGCGCCGAGCGGCAACGGCCCCAGACCACGGCGCCCCCGACCCUGGCGCCCACGGCGGCCCCCACGGCGACCCCGACGCCGGCCCCCACGGCCUCGCCUGGGGAGCCCUGUCCUUGCCUGAAGAACGCCUGCUUCGAGGCCUACGACCGGAACUCCGACCUGUGCCUCACAGAGGAUGAGUGUGCCGUCCAGGCGCCGCUGACGAACUGCAGCAGCCCGACCUGGGACCUGGACGGGGACGGCUGCGUCAACCUCUCCGUCGAGUGGUCGCUCAUCUUCGACAUGACGAACGGCAGCGUCUGCCCCGUGGAGGCGAGGGCGGACGCACCGGAGUGCGGGGAGGGGUACUACCUCGACGGGAACCCGGUGACCUGCGUCCAGUGUACCACGGGCGCGACGCGUCGGCGACGCUCGUUCGAGUGCUCCGAUUGCGAGUCAGGAGCUUUCGACGCCGGUGACUACGACGACUGCCGCGACGGCAGCUACCUACCGUCUGAUGUCGGCGCGGGAGACGUCAAUAUCCCGGUCACUCCGACUGACCCGCCGUUGUCGCCCGGCGACUGCAUCGACAUCUCCUCCAUGUCCGAGUCUGGCGCAUGCAACGCGUCCGUCGAGACGGUGUGCAUUGAGAGCGUGGGUCCUGGCAAUGAGGUCACCCUCACGUCGCCCCUGCAGAACAACUACACCAAGUACGCUGGCGUCAUUAUCUCGUGCACGACGGUGGACGGGACGGAGCUCAGCCGCAAGCACGACUCGAAUGGAAAUUGCGGGUGCAGGUCGUCGACCUGCGACAAGACAACGAUGUGUUCCAUCGGCCCCGACAACUGCACAUCCACAUGCAUCCCGACUGGCCCGUACCCGAUCCACCCGACCCCGGCUCCGACCGUGGGUGCCAAGGGCGACCCGCACUUGGUCAAUUUGCAGGGCGAGCACUUCGACAUCAACCACGGCGGGGACUUCGUGCUGCUGCGGCUCCCGCAGGACUCCGCGCAGGACGCCGAGCUCCAGCUAGUGGCCACCGUCCAGCCGGAGUUCAAGAGGCCGUGCACCACGUACAUCACGCGGGUCGAGCUCUCCGGUUCCUGGCUGGGCAACGUGUCUGUCCAGGUGCGCUCCUACCUCCAGGCCCACCCCGGUCGGGAGGGCGCGCGCCUGGGGGCUCGCGUCUUGAGCCCCGGCGGCGAGGCGGCGCCCUGGCACAGCAUGGAGGCCUUCUUGGCCGACGGCUCCGACCUGGUGCUGUCUGCACCGGACAGCAAGUUCCACGUGGCGUUGACCAAGAGCCAGUGGUUCCCCAAGAAGGAGACAGCGGCAGGCGCGCCCACCGUGGCCGGGAUGUUUACGCUGAGCGUGCAGGGCCGCAAGGCCCCGUCGCCCGCCAAGAUCUUGAUCCGCCAGGAUCUGCCCGAGCAGGAGCACCUGAACUUGGCGGUCCAGCGCGUGUCCGCGCUCGGCAGGGUGGACGUGGGCGGCCUGCUCGGCUUCGACGCGCACCCGGCGAGUCUGGAGUACGUCUCGGGCAAGUGCCAGCACCACAGGGCGACGGAGAAGUACAGCGUCGAGAGCCAGGAGGACAACGACUACUACUACAGGCCCCUUUGGAAGCAGCGGUGGCAGGAGUCGGCGGCGAGCUAGGGGGGGAAGUGAGAAGGCGCGGGUCAUCUCAGAAGGCUCGGAAUCCCCCUAGCCUUCUGAGAAGUUUUCUAAGCCUUCCCCGAAGACACAGAACACUUCCUCAGAAGGCUCGAAGGCUUCUGAGAAGUCCCGCCGCCUUGAGAGAAGGCAUUCUCCUUCUGAUUUGCUCCCCCUCGCUCGCCGCCAAAGGAUAUCAAGCAGAAGCGGAAGCUCGGCGAGCACGACAACGAGGCGGCCGCCACUCUCAUCGGCGGCAGCGGUUCGAGCUCCAGCCUGGUGUGCAAGUGUCCGACCACCGGGGGGCCCAGGGCCGAGGGCGUCAUCGUCGAGGAGCCCGCCGCGCUGUUUGCCGAGGCGUCCUGGGAUUAGGGCCGCGGGCGAUCCUGGUCAGCCGUCUCUCGCUCCGCGCACGCUGGAUGGUGUUGACCAGGCCGCGUCUUGGGGAAUCCCGAUGUCGUGUGUCGUUUUACCUGGUUCAGCUGCGCCUUGUCGGCUGCGCCCUGGGGGAAGCCUGGUGCUUGACCUGGCCCCUUCAUCGGCGCACUGAGGCUCUGUGCGACGCUCCGCUGUGGCCUUGCGCGCGGAGCGGCAGCAGUAGUUUAAUGGCGGUCCGUCCACUUGUAUGACCUGGGUUGAGCGCCCUGCAUGCACCGAGUCAUGCGGUGGCUGCUUUGGGAGAGCCCCUAGGAGCAGGUGCGCGCUUUGUUCUGCCCGCUAAAGAUUGGGGGAGAAGGUCCAGCUCAUCGAACGGUUCGCCUCUGAUGGCCCU